UCCCAACACCAAGCGACGGAUAAAGGAUUCGGCAUUAGGACGUGGAGCUGCUGGGAGUUGUAGUCUUCAGAGGAAAUGGGCGGGUUGAUCAGGAGACGUCCGUCUCGAGACCGCGUCGCGGUAGGUGGAACCCGGAGGCGCACAACAAGUGUCUGGGCUGCGCGCAAUGGACAAGCUGAAACGGGUUCUAAGCGGGCAGGACGCGGAAGAGCCGAGUCCCCUGGCAGAGGUGGUUGAUGCAAGUUCUCUAAGCUGGAGCACAAGAUUGAAAGGUUUCAUAGCUUGUUUUGCUAUAGGAGUUCUCUGCUCGAUUUUGGGUACUUGCCUGCUAUGGGUGCCCAGGAAAGGACUUGUAUUGUUUGUAACAUUUUACACUAUUGGAAAUAUCUCAUCCCUUGGAAGCACCAUCUUCCUUAUGGGGCCUAUGAGGCAAUUGAAAAGAAUGUUUGAACCAACCCGUUUGAUAGCUACUAUAGUCAUGCUCUUGUGUUUCACCUUGACUUUGUGUUCAGUUUUCUGGUGGCACAACAAAGGACUUGCUCUUAUCUUCUGUGUGUUGCAGUUUUUUGCCUUAGCGUGGUAUAGCAUUUCCUAUAUACCAUUUGCAAGGGAUGCUGUGAAGAAAUGUUUUGCUGCGUGCCUCUCAUAAUAGGGAGGUGAGAAGUUUCAUCUCUGUAUAAGGCAGUGUCACACUGAGGAUUGGAGGACCUGCACAACCAUUAUCACCUUGAAGUGACAGCACACGUUCUCCUAGAGGCAAAUUACUUUGCUCGCUGAUUAAACCGGUAUGCCACAGAACAAAGCAACUAUCUACUGACCCAAAGGAUGUGGAAUUUUGCUGAACCACGUUUUCGGGUGCAUUUGGGCACAAAACCAUUUUUUGAGUUAGGCAGUUCCAGUGAAAUGUAUUUGGUAAUUCAUAAGUAAAUGAGGAUUAAAAUUACUGUUUCCUAUUUCGACACAUUUCUUUCUCUUAGGGGAUAGCUUUCAAAUGGGAUUCUGGAACCUGAGCAAAAAGUAUAGCGAAUUUGGAUAAGUUACCUUGUGGGUUUCUUAUGUCUUGUCUUCAGGAAUUCAGGAUUUUGUCCUCCUGGUUGUUUUGCCUUCUAGAAUUCCUUUUAAUUGCACUAAUAUAAAGGAACUUGGUGAAACUAAAUCACUACCUUCUUACAGAACAGCAUUCAUAGUUCCUUGUAGCUAGGAUAUUAAUGCUGAGUCACUGUCCAAUCAGCAAUAGAAACAGUAACAAAGGGACCAUAAAUUGAAACCAUUACCAAGUGCUCUUCAGUUUCUGUAAGCAAAUUCCAUUUGUAGGCUCUUAAAAUUGCUGUCCUGUAUCUGACUUUUUAAGCCCCAUUUUCUAUUAGAAUGCUACCUUCUUCUUUGAAAUUGGUAAAUAGAAUUGCUGUCAAACUAUAUGAAACUAUAUGAAAACCUCAAUUCAAGCAUGGCGAAGAACAUCUCUUGGAUUUUGGUUACAGACUGGAAAUAACCCUAAGGGUUUCUUUUCAGAAGAGCCUUUUCCAGUUUAUCCAACAAUAUUUGUCUUGUAAUUCCAUUGGCUGCAUAGCCAUUCGUUGCUGUGAGUUGGAUGGGUGUUUUUUAGUUUCAUUUUAAUGAGACAACAUCCUACAGUGACUAGAGCAAGCAUCCAGGGAUUGGAAGUUUUUGCCCCUUUCCUUUUCUUUAUUUUGGAUGCUGGCACAUUGAUUUAGUCUUGUGUAACAAGGCAUUGCUAAGAAAUCCUGUACAGUUUCUUAAGCGCAUUUGUAAUUAGUCUGUCUUUUGCUAUUCUAAUAAUUUUUGAGGUUAUGUUCUUGAGAAAUCUUGUAAGAUAUAAAUAUUUAUUUCCAAAAGAAAGCUGUUAAACCAAUCUGUUAAUGGUCGAUUCCCUGCUUUAGAUGCUCAUGGGACUGUUUGUUUCUGUGAGCCUCACCCAUGUGUGUAUCUAAAGAGAAAUUUUUUCCUGCAGUACUGAGGAGUAAAAGACCUAAAACCUCAUACACACUAGAUGUAAUUUGUGUAUCUGCAUGGUUAGCUUCUCUUUGUAAGUUAUCAGCUAUUUGUAGUUAGACAAUUUUGCAAGUUAACAAGGCAAGCUAAUUAUGUAAAAUAUAUUCAGGAAGUACUUUAAGAAGAAAGGUUUCUCUGUUGUAGCUUUGUUGUCAAUAAGCUAUAGAAAGUAAAGUUUGUGGAAGUUUAUAGUUCUCAGUUAAUUUACAUUAAGAAACUGGAAGACUACCCUUGUUCAUGUAUUCACUGCACGUAAAUGACAGAAAACUCUUUUAAAAGAUGUGUAGAGUACUGACAGUUGAAAUGUGAAUGCUUUUGUCUUCAGAAUGCUUUUGUCUUCAGAAUGAUUACUACUUGUUGAUGGCUAUGCAUUGCAUUAUGUGUAGAUAAACAUGAAAACUGAGAACAUGGGCUUUAUCCUACUGAUUGGCUAACUGGGAAAAGCGUCACUGUUAUCUAAGCUGAAUGGUAGGCUAGAACUCAUUGUAUGUAUAAAGUUGGCAUGUCUUCACUACUCAUAUGUGAAGAGCCCUAUGUAUCAUUUACACAAGAUAAUAACUGGUUGGGAUCUUAAAAAAUGGAAUAGGGACUAAAGCAGGAUAUCAAGUAAGGUAAUUAUGAUAAUCACCAUCUAGAUUUUAAUUGAACCAUUAAAUGCAGUACAAAAAGCAGAAUCUACUAUUACCAUGCUGCAGUGAUUAAGUGUAUUGCAGAAGUAUUUUCAGAGGUAAACCAUUGCUAUAACUCUAAAUUAUGCUAUAUUUAUCGGUUAUGUGAACAAAUUGCAGUGAAAGAUUUAAGUAAAAUAUGAUUUUUAAAAUUGGGGAAGCACCUAAAUCUCUUCACAUUUCUAAAACACCUCUAAUCACUUCUGCAGCUUGCCUUUUAGUGUGAAAAUACAGUCAUUUCUUCAAAGAGUAUUUGUGAAGAAAGACCUGUUCAUGAUGGGCACAAAACUUGUUUGGCUGAACUUGACACUAGACCCAAAGAAAGCAGAGUAUGUGUAGAAAUAAUGUUCCUCUCUUUCUACUUCCAGUUCUCAAGUUUUAGCUGAAUCCACAUAACUUUGUUAAUAUUACAGCAUAAUAAUGACAGUUUUUUCAAAAAUACACAGGCUUUCCUCUCUGUAACAGUAUGUUAAUUCUAGGGGAAGAAAAAGAAUUAAUAAUUUCACAAACUCAGCUAUGAAUAAUCUGUAUAUUUUGUUUAUAGGAUGCAAAGGUCCUGGGUCAGUAGCUUAGGUAUUGCACAUUUAGCACAUCAUCACACAAGCCCACAUUGCUGCCUUUUUCUAACUCACUUACACUCUUAAAUAUUGUAUUAUGUUAGGAGAUGCACUUCAGAUGUUUACACUGAUGUUUUGGUAGGGACUUUUAAAUCUAAAAUCUGUCCUCCAGCCAUGUAAUUUUAUAAUUGUACUAUUGCUAAAUUUUCUUUAUGUUGACUUUUUCAAAUAUUUUUUGAAUUUAAAUUUUGUUAAAGGUAUUGGAUUUGUAUAAUAGCAUCUCUGACUUGUGACAUUGUAUCCCAUUCCCCAAUCCCCUCCCCAGUUUUCUGGCACAAAUAACUUUUUAAAAUGUGCGUUAAAAAGCAGGGCACUUGUUGCCAUCUUGGGAUUGUUGCAUGGUUCAAAUGCCAGCAGCCUUAACAUGAUCUCCGUGGUUGACAUUUCUGUGUGCAUUUGGCCUUAGUGUUUCUGAGAAAACAUUUACUUACCAUGACAGAGUAGCUCACCUGUAAUAAUUUUCCUUGCCCUGAGUUUAUAUUGCUGGUUUCUUUGACUCAGUAAUCUUGGUGGCUUCUUGGUGAGUUUCAUUGUAAUGCUGUUUAAACUCAAUCUUUAUGAAUAUGUUGGUAUCAUUGCGUGAGGCUUUUCAGCCAAUGAAUAAUAAGUGCCUCAUGGCAGGUUCAGCUGCACAUUAAGGAACAUUUCUUUGGCAAAUGCCUCUGGGGAUUGUUUGAUCUGAUGACAGGGAACUUUCAUCUUCUGUUCUGUUGCUGUUUGCUUGCUGCAAAAAUUCACCCUGAGCUGCUUUUACCCCCAGUGUGGAAAGGAACAGGUACCUGAAUGUUUCCCCAGCUGGGGUAAAAACAUCAAGUGGAGGAAAGGGUUAAAGCCCCUGCUCCCCAUACUGGCUCCCCCCUCCCUUUACCAAACUGUCCCAGAAGCUGGCAUUUUCAAAAAGAGGAAAAUAAAGAAGGAACAGUAGUUGAUUCCUCAGAUGACUUUUUUUCUUGGAAACAAAGAGUGCCUAAGUCACACAACAUUAACAGUAACAAGAAUUUUUAAAAAUACGCUUGUGACUUUUAAAAUCUCAAAUGAUGGAUGAUUUUUGUGCACUGAUUUGCUAUUGUACACUUUUUGUAUUUGCCCUUUUUUGUUUUUCUUUCCUAGAAACUAACUGGUUUAAAUACAUUUGCUACAAUAUACGUUCUAUAAUAAAACUUGUUUCACAAGAUGUGUAUCAUUUUCAAUAAAGUUGACAUUGGAAUUACAA